AAAAUCAAAGUGGGACUUGUUUCCCUGAAUGCAGUCUGAGAGGCGAAGGCAAAAUAUAGACGCACGCUGCGUUGCAGGUAUCGGUGGGUGCUGGAGUCGUCAAUCCUAUUCGAAGCUUCAAUCGUCGGUCCCCAUUGUGUAGGGAGGCAGCUAACUCUCAGGGAAAUCUCACUUGAGGCUUGGGUGUUUUUAUCUUUUGGCAGUGGUGAGAGUAAUUCAGUUGCAGAACGGAGAAAAGCCAAGAAAUCAGAGAAUAUGAGUGGAGGAGAAGAAGUUGUUAGUACUACAAAACAGAGGGAGCUAGAGCUUGAGAAAAGUCUAGAGUCCCAGCCAGACAAUCCUUGUCUCCAUUUUGAUCUGGGUUUCCUUCUAUGGGAGAAGGCAGCCAGCAGCACUGAAGGUGAAGAGAUCAGGGAGAAAGCUGCCGAGCAAUUUCUGAUAUCUGCAAAACUCAACCCUCAGAAUGGGGAUCCCUUUAAGUAUCUGGCUCAUUAUUAUGCCAACUUCUCAUGUGACCCGCAGAGGGCUCUGAAGUGCUACCAGCGAGCCAUUUCUCUCAACCCUGAUGAUUCUGAUGCUGGGGAAGCAAUGUGUGAACUACUGGAGGAAAGUGGAAAGGAGAACUUGGGGAUAGCUGUCUGCCGAGAAGCCACGGAGAAGUCACCCCGUGCCUUUUGGGCUUUCCGCAGAUUGGGUUACCUUCUGGUCCAUCAAAAAAAAUGGACUGAAGCAAUACCAAGUCUUCAGCAUGCUAUCCGAGGCUAUCCCACAUGUGCUGAUUUGUGGGAGGCCCUUGGUCUUUCCUACCAGCAGAUGGGUAUGUUCACUGCUGCUGUUAAGUCAUAUGGACGAGCUAUUGAGUUAGAUGAAUCAAGAGUUUUUGCAUUGGUUGAAAGUGGGAAUAUAUUUUUGAUACUUGGCAGCUUUAGGAAGGGAGUUGAGCAGUUCCGUCAAGCUUUACUAAUCUCACCUCUAAAUGUAUCUGCACAUUAUGGCCUUGCGUCUGCGCUUUUUUGUUUGGCAAAGGAGUGCGUAAGUUCAGGCGCAUUUAGAUGGGGAGCUUCAUUAUUAGAGGAGGCAUCUAAAGUGGCUAUAGCAUGUACAUCAUUAGCUGGUAAUAUUUCAUGCAUAUGGAAGCUGCAUGGAGACAUUCAGCUCAUGUAUGCAAAAUGUUUCCCAUGGAUUGAUGAAGGAUGGGGCUUACAAUCUGAUGAGAAAGCUUUCGCUAAUUCAGUCCAUUACUGGAAGAGAACCUGCUAUGUGGCUGCUAUGACAGCCUGUCGCUCUUAUCAAAGGGCUUUACAUAUCGCUCCUUGGCAGGCUAACAUGUAUACUGAUGUUGCUAUUGCAUCAGAGCUCAGUUUCACUUUGGAGGAGAGUGAUAAAGAUAAUUUAAAUGCUUGGUCUCUGCCUGAGAAGAUGUGCCUUGGGGGGUUAUUGCUUGAGGGUAGCAAUAAUGAGUUUUGGGUGGCUUUGGGAUGUUUAUCAGAUCAUGCAGUGUUGAAACAACAUGCUUUUAUAAGAGGCUUGCAGUUGGAUGUGUCUCUGGCUGUUGCAUGGGCAUACCUUGGGAAGCUGUAUAGGAAAGAGGGUGAACGACAAUUGGCACAACUUGCAUUUGAUCGUGCAAGAAGUAUUGAUCCUUCACUUCCGUUGCCAUGGGCUGGUAUGUCAGCUGAUGCUGACGCAAGGAAUCUGAAACAAGAUGAGGCAUAUGAGUGCUGUCUUCGAGCUGUUCAGAUUUUUCCUCUUGCUGAGUUUCAAACUGGUCUGACAAAGCUUGCUCUACAUUCUGGUAACCUGAAGUCCUCAGAGGUAUUUGGAGCCAUCCAGCAAGCAUUGCACCGUGCCCCGUGUUAUCCUGAAUCUCAUAACUUGAAAGGGCUAGUUUGUGAGGCAAGACAUGAUUAUCAAAGUGCUAUUGCAUCAUAUAGACUAGCCCGCUAUGCAGCUGGCAUAUUUGAUGAAAAAGAAUCAAAGACCUAUCUCAACCGUAUAUCAUCUAACCUAGCCAGAUCACUUUGUAGGGCUGGGAAUGCUAAUGAUGCUGUUGAUGAGUGUGAAUAUUUGGACAAAAGAGGUCUUCUUGAUCUAGAAGGUUUGCAGAUUUAUGCACUGUGCUUAUGGAAACUUGGAAAAAAUAAUCUGGCUUUAUCAGUGGCAAGAAAACUUGCCACAAAUGUUUCGUCUAUGGAUCAGUCAUUGGUGUCCACAUCUGUUAGUUUCAUCUGUAGAUUGCAAUAUCAGAUUUCGGGUCAGGAUGCUGCCAUUUUAAACUUAUUGAAACUCCCCAAGGGAUUAUCACAGACUUCAAAAGUUAUUCUCGUAGCAUCUGCUAUUCAUGCAUUAGAUCAUAAGAAUCAGCUUGAUUCAGUUAUUUCAAGUGCUCGCAACCUUAUUGCUUCAACUGAAGGGUCUGCUGCAAUGGAUUUUCUAGUGGCACUGGGUGAACUAUUGAAACAUGGAUCUAAAGGUUGCCUUGGGUUUAAGAAGGGACUUGGGUACUUGAAAAAAUCACUUCACAUGUCUCCCAAUAGUCACUUGAUAAGGAAUCUUCUUGGUUAUCUUUUGUUAUUAAGCAAGCAAUGGAAAGAUUUUCAUGCUUCAACUAGAUGCAUAAUCGUGAACCCUUCUGACCAUCCGAAUGAAGAUGAUAAAAAAUCUGCACUUGAGAUUUUUGGUGCAGAGGGAGUAGCUUGCCAUGCCUUCCAAUGCUGCAAAACAUCACUGACCACCUGCAGAGGGAAAUCUACAUCUGGAUGUUACACUAUGCAGCUGUUACAGAAGCAUUUGCAUCAAGAGCCAUGGAACCAAACUACACGGUACUUGCUCAUAGCUAACUAUUUUCAGAGGGCUCGCAAGGAGAGAUAUCCUCACUAUCUAUGUGUUGUGCUUGAUCGGCUAAUAGGUGUUGCCCUUUCUAAUGAACUGUAUUCAAGAAAGGACCCUUCUUUUCAGUAUCAGAAGUUCCAGCUCUUACUUAGUGCAGCUGAGGUCAGUUUGCAAUGUGGGAAUUAUUUUAACUGCAUAAAGAAUGCUACAAGUGCUUCAGAGCUAUCCAUACCCGAUCGCUAUAUCUUCUUUGCCCACUUACUUCUAUGCCGUGCAUAUGCUGUGGGAGAUAAUCCUGUUAAAUUGUCUGAAGAAUAUCUAAAAUGCUUGGAGCUUAAAAAUGGUUGCCAUAUUGGUUGGAUCUGCCUUAAGUUUCUUGAAUCUCAGUACAAACUACAGGCAGAUUCCACUGUGUUAGCGUUAAGAUUUGAGGAGUGCUCCAAAGAUGUAAAUACUUCAUGGAAUGUCUGGCUAGCUAUAUUCAGCUUAGUGCAAGGUCUAAGUGCAGUUUGGAUAGGAGAUUUCACAGGAGCAGAAGAAUAUCUUUCACAAGCUUGCUCGUUAGCCUGUGACGAGAGCUGCUUACUGCUUUGUCAUGGUGCUAUUUGUAUGGAGCUUGCCAGGCAGCAUUGUGAUUCAAAGUUUCUGUCACAUGCAAUUAGAAGUCUAAAGAAAGCUAAAGAUGCUACUCCAAUUCCAGUGCCUUUUAUCUCACUAUUGUUGGCACAAGCAGAAGCAAGCCUUGGCUCUGAAUCAAAGUGGGAGAAAAACCUUCAUGAGGAAUGGUCAUCUUGGCCACCAGAAAUGAAGCCUGCUGAACUCUUAUUCCAAAUGCAUUUGGUUUCAAGACAUUCACAAUGUGGUACUUAUGGCGAGUCAUCUUUGGAGCCUUGUGCAGAUUCCAUAAGACAGAUGCUCCAAGCUAUCCAUUUGAACCCAUCUUCUUCUAGGUACUGGAGAGUAUUGAGAAGUUCAUUAAGCAACUAACAAGCUAUCAUGUGAGAGGAGAGAGAAAGAAUAUGGGAUAUGGUGCGCUGUGAUAUUAACCUUAUGAAUUUUCUGCAGAGAAGAUAUAGUUUACUGUCUUCUCUAGUUCUCUCUUUUAAAUACACCCAAGUUUUUGGCUUAUAUGGCAUUUAUAAUUUAUUGCGGCUUUACUA